CGGGAUGCGACUACACUUUUAGAAAAAAGCCGAUUUACGGCAGCAACCCAGUGCGUCAAAAUGGCUGAAAGUUUUAAUAACAUUCCAGGCAGUAGAACAAAUUCUGCAAAGACUAGACCAGGAUCAGGGAGGAAACCUGGCUCAAGUGUAAAAAAUACUAAUAUAUCUGGAGGUGGGAGUAUUCUUAGUAAAGAAGAAGAGUACAAGAGACUAAAUGAUGAAUUAGAAGCAAGAACAGCAAGUCUUGUUAGAGAGGCUGAAGAAGUUUUGCAAGGUCAAGAGAAAGUUUUAUCAGAAUCCAGACUGUUAGAUAAUAUAAAUGCUGAUGAUUUUCUCAAAGACUAUGAUGAUGAUACAGAACCAAACACAGACAGAUCUUAUACAGACCGACCGUCAUCAAAGACUGGAUCCAGAACAAGUUCAAAGGUUACCAACCAUACAAGACCACAUUCCACAAACCAGUCCAGGCCACCAUCAAAAGUUAAGCGACCUACUUCUGGAAAACCUCUUAGACCAAAGAGUGGUAAAUCAAACCUAGCAGACAAUGUAGCCGUCCCAGAAGACACAUUCAUGACACAGUUUAGAGACUUUAACAUAGAUAAAACAGUCAGCAACAUAGAAGGUCAGAUUGAUAGAGGUCAGGUUAUCUCUGAUGAAGAUGAUGAUGUCAUACCUCAGGCAGCCAAUGAAAUGGGAGCAGAAGCAACUAUACGUUUUCUCAAGGCAAAAUUACGAGUUAUGCAAGAAGAGCUUGACAGACUUGGAUCAGAGGUCAAUAAACGGGAUGAUUCAAAUAAAACUUUAUCAGUUAAAAUCAAAGAAAUGGAGGACGAGAGAGGCAGAUUAUAUCGUACAACAUCAGCACAACAGGCACAAAUUGAUAAAUUCAAAAAAAUAUCAGAAGAUGCUCAAGUAAAAAGCGAUACUGCAGAAACUCAGUUAUCAGGUCUAAGAAAGGAAUUAGAUCAGAUGAAAAGGUCCCAGAAACAACAGACAUCCACUAAUACAGCAACAGAAGUCAGAUUGAACAGAGCAUUAGAGGAGAUAGAGAAAUAUAAAGAACAAUUACUGAGAGCUAAAUCUUCUUCUAAGGAAUCUACUGACCAUGAUAGAAAGAGAACAGAACAGUUGCUAGCAGAUAAUAAACGAUUAGAGAAACAGAAAAAUGAACUGAUGGCAGGAUUUAAAAAACAACUCAAACUUAUAGAUAUUCUGAAAAGACAAAAGAUGCACAUAGAAGCAGCCAAGAUGUUAUCAUUCUCUGAAGAAGAAUUUGUGAAAGCUUUAGAAUGGGGAAGCUAGCACCAGUGACUUGAAUAUUUAUAUUGCCAUACUGUGAUCACAUUGUAUUUAAUUUUAUUUAUUUAAUUAUAUAAUAUUCCAAUUUA